AUGUCUCCAUUCGAACCAAGCUUGUCGCGAAGAAUUAUCCGAAUCCCUAGAUCUAAUGAUCCUCAGAGCUACGUGCUCCUUCAAGUAUCCCGCGCUGCGUCUGUUUCUCUAGACUUGGAUAUUGUGGCCACAGAAGGGGAGAACCCCUACACCGGAACUGUGCGACAAAAUAUCCUGAAAACCCUCCGUGCAAAGAACUACCAGGGUAGUCACGAUGAGUGGGUACAGAUUAUUUCAUAUGUAUUUGGCCAGCUCAAAGACUACACCAAGAUUUCCGGCCUGGUAUCCGAUAUUGAAUCCUCAGCAAACGUUUUACCAACCGAGAACGGAGACACCGAGUUAGUUAUUACGAUACGGAAGCGUGUCCAGUCGAUCACACAAAGGCUCGGAUCCGUGACCCUGAGACAGGACGAUGAACAGGCUAUCCAGCUAUUCGACUGGUCGGGUAUGGCCGUUGCCAGAGCCGAUGCUCUUGAGCAACAUCUCUCGUCCCUCAAUGACCGCUAUAGCGCAGCUGAGGACACUAUCAAACAGCUCAGCAAACAACUUAAGGAGCUGGUAGACGCCAAAAGUCAACAUGAUGAACAAUUGAUGGCAUGUUUUGUGCAGUUGCUUAAUGGGAAAAAGCUCAAAAUCCGAAGCCAACAGCGCUUGUUGGCAGCAGCAGAAAUGGAUCCUAGGAAAAUAUCCGAGAUACAAGAAACAAUGUCAGGGAAACGUCACCCUUCAAGACGCAAUGCCCGAAUCACCAAACGCUCCGUGGCUGAAAUGACCGAAAAUGACUCUGAAAGCGAUGACGGAUUCGAGAAAAUGGAUGUCGAUCCGAUGGGAAAACAGGAUCGUCGCCGAGAAGAUCUUGUGACAGACGAUGAACAGCCUUCCACUCCCCAACCUCUUGAAGACGAAGGAAUAGUCACGACGGAUGAGGAUCUUUCGUCGCCCUCAGUGUUGAAAAAGCGCAAUGAAGGCAUGCGAACUUCGAGUGAACCUAAAUCUUUGGGCCACGCUUCCCUGCCUGAUUCAACCAUCGCCCCGCCCCGCAGAGAGUUGCCAUUUGUCAGAAGAACCAAGCUAGAUACGAAGUCGACUUCAGCGAGACUUGACUCGAAUGGAGGGGAUACCGCAGGGAACGCUGCCGAAGAGAUGGCUGGAGAAACCGAUGACGAUGAACUAUAA